UUUUGGCAGCCAGGAUUGACAACUGAUGAAAUUGAUAAAGCAGUUCACCAGAUGAUUAUUAAUAAUGGGGCAUAUCCUUCACCUCUUGGUUAUGGUGGUUUUCCUAAGAGUGUUUGUACAUCUGUAAAUGAAUGCAUUUGUCACGGGAUUCCAGACUCACGAAAACUUGAGGAUGGGGAUAUCAUCAAUAUCGAUGUUACAGUUUACUUGAAGGGCUAUCAUGGUGACACCUCAGCUACCUUCCUUUGCGGUGAUGUUGAUGAUGAGGCUAAGAAAUUGGUUCAGAGCCCAUGCUUACAAUGGGAAGCACACAGCCUGUGAUUUGGUCUGAUGACUGGACCGCUGUAACCAAAGACGGAAGCUUAUCAGCGCAAUUCGAACAUACCUUGCUAAUCACAGAAAAUGGUGCAGAAAUAUUAACCAAAUGUUGAAGAAUAUGCCAGUGCUAUGCUGAAAGGGUACAAUGCUGCCAGGUUAUUUUUAUUGUUUGGUCCUUUUUGUAUGGCGGACGUGCCAUUUAUUUGUUAUAAAAAAGCCAUAUUUAGGAUCAUUUUUUAUUAUUUAUUUUUAUUUAAAUAUAUUUCAUUUUUAGGAUA